CAGUCCUGAUGAGAUCUCGCGAUAAAUUUCAUUAAAUAAAAAUUUCGCGAAUUUUUUUUUUCUCCCGCGAUAAAUUGUAGCUUAUUAGAGUAGGAAGAGUGAUCCUGGAUCAGCAAUAAGUUCUCUUGAAUUGCAAAUGGUCCGGGAGAGAGAUGUGUGUUGGGAGUACUGUGAGAAAUUAGAUGGGAACAAGGUGAAAUGCAAAUUUUGUCUAAAAGUUCUAAACGGUGGCAUUAGUAGAUUGAAGUUCCAUUUGUCUCGAUUGCCUAGUAAAGGUGUGCAUCCAUGCAGCAAAGUGAGAGACGAUGUUACUGAGAGGGUAAAGGCUAUAAUUGCUGUAAAAGAGGAAGGAAAGGAAGCUGCUAAUGCCAAAAAGCAGCGACUGUCCGAAAAUAAGCCGCCUGGAAUAAUAUCCAACACCAAGGCUCUUAUACCCUUUGAGGCUGUAUCAUCAUCAACAAAGCUUUUUCCUAGCAGUAAUGCGAAUGUUCCUCAAGCUUCCUUGGAUCCGGAGAGAUGUAUUGCUGAGUUCUUUUUUGAAAAUAGAUUGGAUUUCAGCAUUGCAUACUCUUCCUCCUUUCAGCAAAUGCUAGAGGCAAUUGGAGGUCCAGGAUUCAGAGGCUUGUCACCGGAAACAUUGAGGACUACAUGGCUGCAAAAACUCAAGUCUGAAAUCACAUUGAAGAUAAAAGAGAUAGAAAAGGAGUGGGCAGCCUCAGGUUGCACAAUAAUAGCUGAUACCUGGACAGAUAAUAAAACCAGAUGCUUGAUAAACUUCUUUGUGUCAUCUCUGUCAGGGACCUUUUUCCACAAAUCAGUUGAUGCAUCUACCUACUUCAAAAACAUUAAAUGCCUUUAUGACUUGUUUGAUUCAGUUAUUCAAGAUUUUGGACAUGAAAACGUUGUGCAAGUGAUUGUUGAUAAUGCUUUGAAUUACGACAGUGUGGGCAGUCUCAUCAUGCAGAACUAUGGUACUAUAUUUUGGUCAUGUUGUGCUUCUCACUGCCUCAAUUUGAUCUUGGAGGAUUUCUCCAAGGUUGAUUGGGUGAACGGAUGCAUCUCACAUGCACAAUCUUUGACGAAGUUCAUAUACAACCACACUCGGGUGCUUGAUUUAGCGAGGAAAUACACCGGAGGCCAAGAACUCAUCCGCCCUGGCAUUACAAGGUAUGCCACAAAUUUCCUCUCUUUACAGUCCUUGCUGAAACUGAGACCAAGGUUGAAGCAUAUGUUCAAUUGUCCUGAAUAUACCUCUUCUCCGUACACCAACCGGCCACAUAGUAUCUCAUGCAUUAACCUUCUUGAAAAUAAUGAGUUUUGGAGAGCAGUCGGGGAAAUUGCAUCAGUUUCUGAACCUGUACUGAAGGUUUUAAGAGAUGUUUCUGGAGGGAAACCAGCGGUUGGUUCUAUCUAUGAAUCCAUGACCAAGGCAAAGGAUUUAAUAAGAACUUAUUACAUCAUGGAUGAAAGUAAAUGCAAGACCUUCCUAGACAUAGUUGAUCGAAGAUGGCAGAAUCAGCUUCAUUCGCAACUCCACGCCGCAGCAGCCUACUUGAAUCCUUGCAUCCAAUACAAUCCAGAUGCUAAAUUUCUUGGAGUCAUAAAAGAAGAGUUCAUUGCUGUUUUAGAAAAGCUAUUACCGACGCCCGAAUCAAGACAUGAUAUCACGUCGCAGAUAUUUGCAUUCAAGAAGGCACAAGGGAUGUUUGGUUCCAAUCUAGCUCGGGAGGCACGUACUACCACAUCACCAGGGAUGUGGUGGGAACUAUAUGGUGAUUCUGCGCCAGGACUACAAAGAGCUGCUGUUAGAAUACUCAGUCAAGUUUGCAGCACUUUGAACUUCGAACGAGACUGGAGUUCAAUUCAACAGAUUCACUCCGAAAGGCGAAAUAAACUCGACAAAGAAACAUUGAAUGACCUUAUAUAUGUACACUAUAAUCUGAAGCUCAGGGCAAAAGCUAAGCCUUCUGAUGAGGACCCUAUAGUUCUUAGAGACAUAGAUAUGACUUCAGAUUGGGUCGAAGGAACGGAGAUCCAAAACCCGACACAGUGGCUCGAUCGGUUUAGUUCAGGAUUAGAUGGCAGUGACUUGAACACAAGGCAGUUUGGAAGUUCUAUUUUUGGUCCUAAUGAUCAUAUAUUUGGAUUGUGAGGUUGACAUUGUGUAUCUUAGAUAUCGAUCUUAUGUACAUUACGGUCUGUUUCUGUUGUACCGUGUUUCUGCUUAACUGUAAUACGUAUUAGUUCAGGUUUAUGUUUGAUCAAAUGCUGUAAAUAUUUGUAGGAUUUCUUGUUGAAAUGAUAGAUCACGAGGUCAUGUUCCA